UUUCUAUUGAACCACCCUGAGUUAUUCUAGCAAAACAAAUAGCGAUCAUUUCAGCAGGCCUUGAGCUUCGUGUCAUUUAUUUUCACUGUCUCGAACCACGAAGAUUCAUUGAACAAAAUUGUCCGGACAUGACUUCCCAAAUUUCCUGCACUUCCGCGCAAAAGAACGCUCUAGAUGUCGUCGAAAGUUUGAUCCGAACUGUUCCGGAAAAAUCUGCAGCAAGAACUAGCGGUGAUGAAGCGUGGCGACAACAACCGUCCAAUUCAGGAGCGGAAGUUCCUAAACCUCGUCAAAGUCGUGUGAUGGACAAUCGGCGUAUCAUGAAGAUGAAACAGCAGGUGGCCAAACAGAACAAUUUCAUUACCGAGUUGAAGAAAAAGAUCCGUUUGCUGUCCUCGAUGCCGUCGAAGUCGAUAACAGAUCACGAAGAAUUAGCAUUCCUGAAGAGUCGGUUGGAUAAAGAAAACCAGCUAUUGAAGGGUUUAAUCGAUAGGCUGAUUAGGGAACAAAAGACAGCGGACAGUCCGGGAUGGGAACAGAUCCGGCUGUGCACUGACCCCCUUGAAGACAUCUGUCGCAAUCCGUGGAUGUUGGGAAACUUUUCUAUGCCGGAUCAACGAUUUUCGUUUGAUUCUACCCUAUCGUCGUUAUCGUCCAAGGCACAAGUUGAUGGAGAAUCAGUGGAACAGUUUUGUGACCUAGAUGAUAGAGUCAAGAAAGAAUUGAUGAAUCGCGAUAGAGUGAUAGAAAUCUUGCAAGCUCGUGUUGAAGCACUGACCGCUGACGUUAUGAAGGUAAAGAGAGACAAUUUCGCCAUUUUAGACAAAAAUCCCAAACAAACCAAAUUUUGUGAAGCCGACAUGGUUAACCGAUUGAAGUUCUACAAAGAAAACACGGAUGCACUGGAAAAGAACCUGAAACAGAUGGAUGCAGCGCUGGAAGUAAUCCGGAUGGAAUUAGGUCCAGCUUUAACAGGUGAAGUUCAAGAGUCCAUAGGUUGCAACACAUAUGCUGCAUCAAACGAACUGAAUAAAACUACUGAAGACAUUCGGAGAUCUUCUUCUGCGUCGAAGCAAGGCGAUGACCAAUACAAAAUUCUUAUGAAAGAAUAUGCCAAAAAGAAUGACGAAUGCAAAAAAUUGACUGACCGUUUGGCAAAAUCUUGUUCCUGUCGAAAUGAUACACCGGAACAGCUGGAGGAAGAUGUUCUCAAGAAGCGCUGCUCGGAACUAUUGGAUAUCCAGGAAGAAUUUCAAAUUCUCAUAAAGGAACAAGGCGACCAAUUGGAAGAAUACCGUUCAAAGUAUCUUUCUGCACAGCAAAGGGUAGAAGAACAAAAGCUAGAGAUGGAGAAAAUGAACGUCACAAAUCGACGCAUCGAAGAACAGAUCAAUGUCGAAGUUCAAAGAAUCAAAACCAAAUUUCAAGACAAGCUUAGACAACUGACGCCGUUUCCUCGUCUCCUGGAAGCCGAAGAAGAAAAGGUUUCCAAACUCAAAGACUCGAAUGAGAAAUUGUUGGAAGAAUUGAAAAAGUCCGCCAAGGAAAUCAAGUCACUUGAAGACCGUUUGCAUAACGCACAUGCCUCGCAAAAUGCCGAACUGGAAAAAGCGCACAAUCUGCUUCAAGUUGAAUUAGAACAGCUACAAGGAACCCUGCAAGUAGAAAAGGACAAAAAGGCUAAACUACAAGCUCAACUAGAAGAAGCACAACAAGAAUUGGACGACACCCGAACCGAAACGGCGAAGAUCAUAGCCCGGACCAACGACCGAGCCCAGGAGGACCGAAGGACUGCCCAGGCGAGAAUACACAGCCUUGAAGUGGAACUGACCCAGAGUCGGGCGGCCGCCUCCGUCACUAUCAACAACCGCGAAGAAGCGCUGCGCGAAAUGCAAGGCCAGAUAAGGGUACUGUCAGGCAGUUUGAACGAUGCACAAAUCCAGAUACAAUCGCUUCGUAAUCAGCUCACGUUUUUGCAAAAUGAACGAUAUGGCUCACAUUUCUAGGGAUUUAGUUAUCAAUCAUUUCGGUCAAUAAACAUUGUGGCAAUCAGCUCGCUCAAUAA